AUGGAACAACAAAUUAAGUCACUGUUAUUUAUUAAAAUUUUUACUUUUAGCCUUUUAUUUUGGAUGUGCCAUUUUUACAUAUAUAUGAUGGCAUUUAACAAGCUUUUUGAUAUAAACUACAAUCAUCAUAGAGAAUUAUAUAUAAGAAAUUAUCGUUCACUUGCAAAUUAUAAACAGUAUAAUCAUUCAAGUAUUACAUGUAUUAAUGAUCAGUUACCUAACGGAGUAAACAAUAAAAGUGAUAUCACUAGUAAAGAAAAAUAUUCUGAAAGAAAAAAAAAAUAUUCAAAUGGAACUUUACCAACUAAUGCAAGAAGUCAUAGAAAAGAUACAAAAAGUAAAUCUUGUAUAUUUGAAACAAAAAAAUAUUCCCAUUUAGAAAAAAAAAUAUUCAAAGAACUUGAUUAUGCAGAUUUUCUUAAAAAGAACAGGACAAUUAGUGAUAAAAUUUAUAAAAAAAUAAUACUUAAAAAAUGCGGAUUACGACUUGCUUUACCUUUAUUACUAUUUUUGGUGUUAGCAAUAUCAUUUAUAUUAGAUAAAUUUUGUGGAUAUGGGCUUACGUAUGUUUUGUAUAAAGUGAUACUUCUCUGUUCACCUGUCAUAGGUGUUGAGGAACUAAUUAAAAUUCCAUAUCUUUCACACAUUAAAAAUCUUUCAACAUUAUAUACAAAACCUGCUUCUCCGGCCUUAGUACAUUUAUAUGACAUUCUGAACAGACCUCCUUUAAAAUGGUUCACAAAAAUUUUGGUAAAAAAGCAAGGAUCUCCAGUUAGAUUCGAAAAUCAUUGUGUACCAUAUUUUUUGGGAUUUCUAAUAUAUUUUGUGCCUUUAUUCAUAUUAGGUAUCAUACUUAUAUCAGGUGUUUUUUAUUAUCAUAAAAAAGUUAAAAAUAUGAAAAAAUUAAGUUCAGAAAAAGGUAAAUGA